UCCCUGACGUUGGUGGUAGUGGUGGCAGUAGCAACAGCUGUAGCACUUGGGCCAUGGCAGAGGAUGGGCCACAGAAACAGCAGCUGGACAUGCCGCUGGUUCUGGACCAGGACCUGACCAAGCAGAUGCGGCUCCGAGUAGAGAGCCUCAAGCAGCGUGGGGAGAAGAAGCAGGACGGCGAGAAGCUGCUCCGGCCGGCUGAGUCUGUCUACCGCCUUGAUUUCAUCCAGCAGCAAAAGCUGCAGUUUGAUCACUGGAACGUGGUUCUGGACAAGCCAGGCAAGGUCACCAUCACGGGCACCUCGCAGAACUGGACACCCGACCUCACCAACCUCAUGACACGCCAGCUGCUGGACCCCGCCGCCAUCUUCUGGCGCAAGGAAGACUCCGACGCCAUGGAUUGGAAUGAGGCAGAUGCCCUGGAGUUUGGGGAGCGUCUUUCUGACCUGGCCAAGAUCCGCAAGGUCAUGUAUUUCCUCAUCACUUUUGGUGAGGGUGUGGAGCCUGCCAAUCUAAAGGCCUCUGUGGUGUUUAACCAGCUCUGA